CGAAAACAUCAAAAGCAGCCGGCUCCACCAACCCCUCCACCAUCAAGCCGUUUGCUGAAGUUUACAACUGGCCCUUGCUGUCUUUGACUUUUCGCUUUCAUUUUUGCCUGCGAUUCGAUUGGCGUGCACAAACAGACCUGCCUCAGCGAGCUCGGUUCAGCUUUAAGGUUCUCUUGGCAACUUGGCGGGUACCAGACCUCCGGGGCUUUUGAGAUCGCGGCCCCGUUUUUCAUCUCCAUCGCGAGUUACCGACUUGCUUGGUGCAUCUCACCCUCCUCCAUUUCGCGUCUUUCGGUUGUCUCUCGGCGAAUACACGACUCUAUACACUAGUUAACUAAUCCGCUCCGCAACGCGACACGAUGGAAUCCCCGCCAGGUCAGAACGAGCCCGAUCUCGAUGCAUCAUCCAUUCGUGCUCGUUUACCUCCCGCUCUUUCGGCAACUUCCGACUUGGUCCUCGUGGCCAAGUUCAAAGCAAGAAUGGAGGAAAUAGAAUUGCAACGAGACGAAGAGAGCGCAGCAAUGAGCAACCGGCUCCAUGCCUUGGUCAGGGACUACAAGAGGAGGGACCAGUUGUUUGUUGACCGGUACACCGAGUGUUUGGAACAGCUUUCCCGCCUCCCCAGCGUCCCCAACACUCAUCCCUGCGCGAAGCCCUGUCGAGGGGUUGUCGACCGCGAGAUCUUUGGUGACGCCGGGGUUAUUGUCAGGUUCUAUCCUGACCCAAGCCCACUUUUUUCACACGGGGAUACUACCGAUGAAGAGACAGACCCUCUUAAACCAUCACAUACCGCCACUACAAACAAUCAUAGGACUCCAUCCGAAGCCCCGUCAUUCUCCCCGUUGUCGAGUAUCCGCUACUCGCCCGCACCCACCCCCAAGCGGGUUCCUUCUCCUUCGGUGGCACGACCCCGCAAGCGCCCCAAACGAUCGCCGUCGCCAGACGAGCUCGCGUUGGAUUCAUCCUCGUCUCCCUCUGUAGGUUCUGCCGCACAAAAGACCAACGGGUCCCUAUCUCGGACGCCACAGCAGGUGUCAAGCCGCAAGCCAUUGCCAACCGACGGCCGCCGGAAGCAGACCACACAACCCACCUCAACACCGGCUAUGACUGCCAAUACCAUCACCAUUACCACUGCGCCGCCACCACCACCACCACCACCACGCGAAUCAUCAUCCCCCUUAUCAUCAGCAUCAUCAUCCUCAUCAGCACCCCCAACACCCGGGCCCGGACCCCGAACCAAGCCAACCCCCAUUCCCGUCCCCGUCCCCGUCAUCAACCCAAGCUCAGCCUCAGCCUCAGCCUUAGCCUCAAGCUCAAUCACAAACCGGAAACCAGCCUCCACCGCCAAAAAGGCAAAAGCCGCCAACCGGGGCGGUCCACCCGCUCCUCUCCCAUGUCUCGAGUGUCGCCGACGCAAGGUGAGGUGUUCGCGCGCCAGGCCGCGGUGCGAGCGGUGCGAGCGCACGGGGUGGGCUUGUGCGUACCCUGAUGCGUAGGAGUGUGUGCAUACGUGCUCGGGGGGUUCUGGGGUUGAGA